UUUUUGUGUUGGUUGGGCUUGCUGUGUCGGCUGUAAGCUGGGACUAGCGCACCUUCCUCGUUUCUUGCUUUUUCUUCUGUGUCCAACUGUUUUGCCAUCCCUUACAUCUGGACGAUAAAUUGGAGGUAUUUUCUAUCAUAAACCAUCAUGUCUAUGUCAGGCAUCAAGAUCGAUGACGAGAGUCUUCUCCUCUAUCAGACCAUGCAAGGCAAGGAGAAAUCUCACAAAUUUGCAACUUUUAAAAUAUCUGAUGAUGGAAAGAUGGUGGUCAUUGACCACAUAUUGAAGAGGGUCGACACACACACGAGAGAGGAGGACCGUGCAAUUUUUGACCAGAUGCUGGAAAAGCUGAGUGAUAGUGAACCACGGUACAUCCUCUAUGACCUGAAUUUCCCCCGCAAGGAUGGGCGAGCAUUCCAUUACCUUGUGUACAUAUUUUG